AUGGAUGAGCUGCACAGCCUGAAGGUAGAUGGCCUUUAUCCCGACACUCGCAAAGAUGAAGUGUGGGACUUCUUCAGGAAGUGUGGGAGGAUUGGCGAUGUUUACCUUCCACGAGACCAUUCCUCCCAGAAGAACAGAGGCUUUGCUUUCGUCCGUUUCUACGAUCGCCGCGAUGCCGAGAUGUGUGUGCAGGACAUGGACGGGCAGAUGUUUCAGGGUUCCAAGCUUCGGGUGAACUUCGCGCAGGUGGCUCGAGGGACGGAGCCGCCUCCGAAGCGGCAACCGGCCCGGUCUGCCCGCUCUAGGACGAACUCGAGAAGGCGGAGUCGCAGCCGCAGUCGGAGAAGGGGGCGCAGCCGCAGCGAGAGCCGAGGCAGAAGCAAAAGGAAAGACCGAAGUCCAAGCAUGAGCUCCAGCAGGAGCCCGAGCCGCAAAGCCAAGCGAGGGAGGCGCUGA